AUGCGAACGGUGCAGCAAAGAAGAGUCUACGGCAAGCGGAAAACAAACGCCCCCAGAGCAGUUUUGGAAAAUGGCAGUCCUCUCAAAACCACGAGUAGCGAAGAUUUAUCCCUUGACCAGGUAAUAGAGGAAGACGUCUCGGACGACAUGGUUAAGGAACUUGAGGUCCAAGUUGCAUCUAUUACCCUCGAAGAUGAGACCCCGACGACAGUUGAAAUCGGCACGAGCGAUCCACAAUCCCCGGUGAAAUCGCCAGUCCAGGUAUCCCAGCCGUCUGUCGGAACACCGGCGAGCUCGAAGCGCAUCAACACUCCCAAGAGGCCGUUGUGUACGCCUUCGAAUCCCGCUCAAUCUACGCAGUCGCCAGUCAAAGUAUAUUCGAGUCAGAAGCGACUAUCCUUUACACCCAGACCACCGCGCGCUAAGUCCGUACGAAAAACCAAGCCAAUCGUUAGGCUUUCGUCUGGAUGUGUGGAAGAUGAAAAGACAAAUGAUUAUGUUCGACGAGUUCUCGAUGAAGCUACAUCACAACUUGCGGCCCGGGGAGUACAAAAAUUCACUUCAUGGGCUGCGCGGUCAGAAACCGCAUUUGAUCCAGUUAAGAUCGCGGAGGGAUCGUAUGGAGAGGUAUAUAAGCUACGAUUAAAGGAGGAUAUAUGCAAGCGCAAUAUAUCAAAGUCAAGACUGGCAAAGCUGCAGGAAUAUGGUGAAGGAGUCUUCAAAGUCGUACCGUUGCGUGCACAAAAAGGAUUGGGAUCGAAAAAGUUUACAACAAUAGACGAAAUUGUGGCUGAGGUCAAACUGCUCAAGCUUCUUGAUCCCAUUCCGGGAUUUGCAAGGUUUAGAGAAGUACACGUGGUACAAGGCCGGUUUCCGCCAUCGUUCCAAGCCGCUUGGGAUUCGUACAAAGCUGCCGGGAAAGACUGUGAGAACCCCAACCCAGCAAAUAAGAGAGCAUAUAGCGAUCAGCAGCUGUGGGCAAUUUUGGAGAUGGAUGAUGCGGGAGUUGAAUUAGAGAAAUUCAAGUGGUCUUCCGUCUUCCAAGUCUACGAUAUAUUCUGGGGCGUGGCAAUGGGUCUGGCGAGAGCGGAAGAGUAUGCAUUAUUCGAACAUCGAGAUCUUCAUCUCGGCAAUGUUUGUCUCCGGUCAACAAGAGCGGAUGGAGACAUGCAAUUGCUGGCAGCUGUCGAUGCAAACCGGUUGGAAAGUUCCAGCGGGUUUGGUAUUAGCUCAUUGGAGACCACUAUUAUCGAUUAUUCAUUGUCCCGUGCUGAGCUACGGUUGACAGACGAUCCAGAAGAAAAAGUUGACAUUGCCUCUACCGAUUUGGACAACAAGGGACUUUUUGAUGCUGUCGGUCGCGACGAGGCUGAGAUCCUUCAACGAAACACUUAUAGAUUUAUGAGAGCACAACUAUACACUGGUCUCCCGCUAGCAGAGGAAAAGCCGCCGGUGAUAUCGGGAAUUUGGGCUGAUUACGCACCGAAAACAAAUCUGAUAUGGCUACUUUUCAUUCUCAAGAUGCUAGUGAAGCAAAUAGAGCAGAAAGACUACACUUUACAUAACAACAUGCCACAAGGUCAACCCAGACAACCACUACAGUCAUGUCCGGACAAAGCCAAUAUACAACCAUCUGCCGGCUCCCAAACAAAAAUGUCGGAGUCGUCCUUCAGCACGGCUGAGAAUAACGCCGGUGAAGCACUGACGAAGUUACAAGCGACGCUCACCGAUAGGCUGCACAAAAUCCUUGAGAUUCUCGAUCUAGAGCAUGGAAGAGAUGACAUGUGUUGUGCGGCGGAUUUGGUGGCUUAUGCGAUUGAUCAGCAGUGGUUGGAUGAGAGUGAUUUUUUCCUUGCUUAA